UUGUUUUCUCUAGCUAUACUGCUACCAAGAAGAGCAAGCAAGGAUGGGACAUCACCUGGAAAUUCAAGCUUUGCUAAUAGCUCUUCUGGGGUUCAUGUUUAUUGGCAAGAGCCAAGGCAACGUACAUUAUUAUGAUUUCGUGGUAGAAGAAAAGAACUUCACCAAGCUGUGCAGCACAAAGAGCAUAUUAACAGUGAACGGGAGCUUUCCAGGGCCUACCAUUCGCGUUCAGAAAGGCGAUACAGCUUUUGUUACCGUCCACAAUAAGGGAAGCUAUGGGGUCACCAUUCACUGGCAUGGGGUGAAGGAACCAAGAGACCCAUGGUCGGAUGGACCAGAGAACAUAACACAGUGCCCGAUCCCGCCGGGAACGAGUUUCAGACAGAAGUUGGCAUUUACGUCAGAAGAAGGAACACUGUGGUGGCAUGCUCACAGUAGUUGGUCUCGUGCCACCGUCCAUGGCGCCAUCCUCAUCUUCCCUGUAAAUCAAACCUCUUAUCCUUUUCCUCAACCUCAUGCACAAGAAACUUUCAUCAUUGGGGAAUGGUACAAGGGGGACGUGCAGCAAAUAAUAACUUCAGCACUAGCAAGUGGUGGCGAGCCCAACUCAUCUGAUGCUUACACCAUCAACGGUGAACCUGGACAUUUCUAUAACUGUUCAAGAGAAACAACGUAUCAUUCAUGGGUUGAUUACGGGAAGACAUAUCUAUUUAGGAUAAUAAAUUCUGCGAUGAACGAAGAACACUUUUUUGGGAUUGCACAUCACAGGCUUACAGUUGUGGGAAUCGACGCGUCCUACACAAAACCCUUCAAGACCAGCUUCAUUGUAAUCGGCCCAGGACAAACCAUGGACGUGCUCGUCACAGCAGAUCAGCCCCCUCGUCAGUAUUACAUUGCUGCUUCUCCCUUUUACGAUGGAAAUGCACCGUAUGAUAAUUCCACAGCAACAGCAAUUCUUCAGUACAAAGCUUACACUUAUAAUCAAUCCAAUUCAGAUGAUAAAUCAUCAUCUUCUUCUAGAGCUAUUCCCUUUCCUAUGCUUCCUGCUCUGAAUGACUCAGGGACAGCGGUUAACUUCAGUAAGAGGUUGAGGAGUUUGGCGAGUAAAGAUCAUCCGGUAGAUGUUCCCAAAAAUGUCAGUAGAAGAAUUUUUAUGACUGUCUCUAUAAAUGUGUUGCCUUGCGCUAAUUCAAAUUGCUCCGGCCCUAAUGGAACUAGACUCUCUUCAAGCUUCAACAACAUAAGCUUUCGGAUUCCCAAAAUUGAUAUUCUACAAGCAUACUAUUGGAACAUUUCUGGGGUAUUCACAGGGGACUUUCCAGAUGAACCGCCAUUGUAUUUUAACUUCACAGGAGACGUGGUAAACACGACAAUGAUCCCAAGUACAGGAACGAGGGUUAUAAUGUUGGACUAUAAGGAGGUUGUGGAAAUAGUGUGGCAAGGUACGAGUCUUGUUGGCCCAGAGAAUCACCCUCUGCAUCUUCAUGGCUUUAGCUUCUACGUGGUCGGAAUUGGCCUCGGAAAUUUCAACAAUGUCUCAGACCCUCUCUCCUACAACUUAAUUGAUCCUCCACUCGUUAACACCUUUGGUCUUCCCAAAAAUGGAUGGGUUGCAAUGAGAUUUGUUGCUGAUAAUCCAGGGGUAUGGUACAUGCAUUGUCAUCUUGAUAGACACACAAGCUGGGGGAUGGACACGGUUGUUAUUGUGAGAGAUGGAGGUACCCCACAAACAAGCAUGCUUCCGCCGCCUAAAUAUCUGCCUCCUUGUUCUUAAAGAGAGAGAGUUUAUUAGGAUCUUGUAAGCAUUUUCCAAGAAAAUAUAAGAUUUGCAUGGCCGGCCGGCUCAUCUCAAAGCCUUGAUAUAGGGAUGUGAUUACCUUUUUUUUUUUUUUGUGAAUGGGGUGUGAUUAUCUUUGGUUUGCUAAUGACUUCAAGUAUUUUAUUGAAUUUCAUGUAUUUGUUUCACUUUCACUUCUAGAGAUAUCUAAGUGCCUCGAUCGGAUUUAAUUUACAGCACACAUGUUGACAUAUAACAUUCCUAAUUUCAUAUCAUCUCCAUCUCUCCCUGAAUCCUGCAGGUUUGUCUUUA